AUUCAUUGAAUGCAAACGGUCGUUGAAACAGCAGAAAAAGAUGUUGGCGAAUAUCUGUAUCGUUGUGAUAUUGUGUUACGUUCGUAUCGCCAAUGGGGAUAUUGGAGAGCCCAAAUUCUACUCGAAGUUUGAUUAUGACGAAAAAAUGUUGAUGAAAUUAUUGAAAAUUGAGGAUAAAGUUCAGAAAUUCGAAGAAUUUAUUAAUGAGUUGAAGGCAAACCACGAAAAGGAAAAGGUCGAACGAGGAAAAUUAUUUGAUUCUGAAAUUGAGACAUUCAGAGAGAGAACCGCUGAAGAAGUUAAGAAACAACAGAACUUUACGGAAGAAGUUCUGGGAAUUCUGGACGAUGCAAAGACUAAACUGGAUGACGCUCUUGAAGAAAAGAAAUCAGCACAGAAAGGUGACAUCGUAGCAUUUACGGUGACGUCCCCUUCGAACGGUGCUGCUACCAACUCCCUGGCUUUCACUACUGUUGUAACUAACGAAGGGAACUCGUAUGAUACAUCAACAGGCAGGUUCACGUGUUCAAUCAACGGACUUUACUAUUUUAGUUUACACAUCAUCAAAAAGAGGUCCUCCAGCGUUGACGCGUCUGGAUGUUAUAUUAAUCUGAACGGAUCUAGUAAAGUGAGAGCAUACAUUGAUCCUCAGGAUGGAUCCAGUGGGGCGGACGCUGGCAGUUACGGGGUUUCCAACUCGGUGUAUCUGAAACUGAAAGCUGGAGAUGUCAUAACUAUAGAAAAUUGCGGUGGAGGCGCAGCAGAUGCUGUGGAAUCAUGGUCAUCUUUCAGUGGCUAUUUAGACAGACCACAAAUUUAACUUUGCCAGUUGUCGAAGAUGCUUCCAAUGCCAAGCUCUUUCCCUAAGCUACAGCCAUACAAACGUUAUAAAUAGUGCUUGUAAAUAUAUGGCAACACGAUUAAUGUUAUAACAGGCUAAAUAUCGGCUACAUUUUGUGUAUCUCACAUUGGUUAAAUAAUAUUUAUUGACAUAUUUGCAUCAGUUUCAAAAUUACAAAAAUGUAAACGUAGAGAGUUGAAUAGGAAGCUCUAAACGUUGUGCGAAAAUCUCGCACUGUAUCUUACAUUAACCUUUCUAGUCCUUGGAUAUAAUAUAUUUGAUCAUGUUGCUUUGAACCGACUGGAUUCAUCUUUCAUGCAAAUGAGUCUGACAUGAAAGUAGAUUCAAGGCUGUGGAUCCGUCAUGGCAAUCGGCAAUUUCCGUUCGUUUACGUAUUCUCCGUAUGCGAUUUCGGCAUUCUCCGGUUGUUAUGAAAAAUAUUUUUCUAUUUUGGCCGAAGAAUGCCGAAAUUGCCUACUGAGGAUACGUAAUCGCACGGAAAUUGCCGAUUGUCAUUACGUAACCACGCGGAAAUCCCGAUUAUCAUUACGUAAUUGCACGGAAUUUGUCGAUUGUCAUUACGUAACCACACGGAAAUCCUGAUUGUCAUUACGUAAUCGCACGGAAAUUGUCGAUUGUCAUUUUGUAACCGCACGGAAAUUGCCGAUUGUCAUUACGGGGAAAUAUAUUUCAAUUGAAGAUCGAAAUUCAUUUUAUCGAAUCACCAUGCUGUUUGUUAUAUCUUCAGAAUGACACAGACACAAAUAGAAAUACUGUCGACAUGCAUGAUGUUCACAAACUGAUAUAUUCUAUAACAUUGAUCCUCCCUGAAUCUUUUACAAAAUGACAAAAUUCCAGACAUGUGCUUAAACUGCUAUCAAAUGA